AUGUCAAGAUCUUCCCUGUCUAAUUUAGAUGAAAUUCUAUCCCCUAGAUUUAUAAUAGAAGGCGCUACUCCCCAAGUUAAUCCGAAGAAUUUAUCCAACUCAGAAAUAUAAUUUCAGAGCGAAAAUAGCAAUAUCGAUAGCAUGAGAUCAUUAAAUCAAGAUGUUAAAAAUAACAGCAAGCUUAUUUAAAGAAACUCUUAAAUGUUUUCUAUCAAGUUUUAAGUACUAGUGUAUUUAACAUAAGCCUCCUACAGUUGUAAAUAGCAAAAAGCAAAUCUAACAUAGCUUGUUUAAGAUUGAAAAUAGCUAAGAUGGAAAAUUAAAGUAAGUUUUGA